CACUUAUGGAGCGACUCAAUAACAAUGUCGAUUCUACAUAGUAGUUAUUUUGCCGGCAGAUCUCACAUCCGCACGUAGGUCAACUAGAUUUCCGAUUUUUUCUGCAGCACCCGAUACAGCAGAUACCGCAAAAUAAUCUUCAACAAAAUAACGCUCAGAGCCUGCAGCGGGACAAUAUGCCGAGAGGAAAGGAUUCGAAGCCAAGAGGACGGAUGACAGCGUACGCGUUCUUCGUCCAGACAUGUCGCCAGGAGCAUAAAAAGAAGCAUCCCGAGGAGAAGAUCGUUUUCCGGGAAUUCUCCAAAAAGUGUGCAAUGAGGUGGAAGACUAUGUCGGACAUCGAGAAGAAGCGUUUCCACGAAAUGGCAGAGAAGGACAAGAAGAGAUACGACACGGAGAUGCAGAACUAUACGCCGCCUAAGGGAGAGAAUAAGGGCAGGGGCAAGAAACGCAAACACAUCAAGGAUCACAAUGCUCCCAAGAGAUCGCUGUCUGCUUUCUUCUGGUUCUGCAACGAUGAACGCGGAAAGGUCAAAAUGCUGAAUCCUGAAUAUGGCGUAGGCGAUAUAGCUAAGGAAUUAGGCAAGAAAUGGUCGGACGCAGAUCCCGAAACCAAAUCCAAAUACGAGGCUAUGGCAGAGAAGGACAAGGCUCGAUACGAAAGGGAAAUGACCGCGUACAAAAAGAAAAUACAAAACGACGGCGCCCCGGUGGUGGGGGCCGCGCAGGCGAACCAAACUAUAAUAAAAAGCGACAGCGAAGAGGAAUGGAAGGACGACGACGAAUAGCGGAUGCACGUCGAAAUUUCUUCAUCUAUCACCCCGUGUCCUUCAUCCUGAAAGCAUACCUCACCUACUGUACGUACCAUUGACCUUAGCGUGAGCGUACUUACACCACCAUCACUAGGAAAACGAAGCAACUAACCACCAAGCAACCUACCAAUCAACCAAGCUCUUCAACAAUCCCUCACCAACCAACCUCCUAAUUCUCUCCCCGAUUAUUUACGAUAAUGAUAAAGUAAUCCGCGCUAAUUAUGGUAAUUAUUUUAAAAGGAAAAACUGGUAUGCAUGAGUGGUGCGCGAGCGUGAGCGAGAGAGGAUCAUUGUGUGAGUGAACAUUUGUACUUUAACAUAUUGAUAGUAAACGAUGAUGUAAAGCGGCUAGUAAGAUAGCGGAAGAUAAUGGAAGAAAAAAAAAUGAAAUAAGAAAUCAGAAUCAUGAGUAAAAUGCAAAAGCGGAAGAGAUAAGACGUGGCAGAAUGCCCAAUACUUUCUCUAUCCGGAUGGAAGGCGCAGGGGCUCAAUCAUUGUUGACUUUUUGCUCUGUCGACGCUAUAUUACGAGCUAUGUAGCUUAGUUUACUAAUGACGAAACGCCGCGAUAAUGACGUUCUCCGUAGGGCGGGGAUCGGAGAUGGCUGUAGUUCUUUUUGCCAUGUUCUUUCGGAUUUUAUCCGAUCAUGCGACGAUUGUCCUUUUUGUGUCUUUUUCACGCAUUGCCAUGGGCACUGGUGAGAGAGAGAGAGGGCUCUCUCGGAUCCUCGCUCUCGAAAGAGGCGAAUCAUGUCGCGUCGUUGCAAAAUUAAUAUACUUUUUUGGGGAACUCUUUUUUUAGUUCAAUUCAAUUUAAUUCAGUUCAGUCCAGGUCUGUUCUGUUCACUUGUUGCCAGCGUCGUUAUGGCAUGAACACACAUACAUAUAUAUACACACGCAGACACGUACAGACAAUUGUUGUAUAUCCUUGUACAGAGAGCUUCAUUUUUUCUUUCGUAUAUUUUUAGCGAAUCGAUCAUGUUGAGCGCGCGUGAUGGGGCAUGGGGCCGCUUUACGCAUAUUUGCGAAUAUAUAAUUGAUUUUAUCGAGGUACACACAUGUCUCUUGUAGUAGCUGUAAGUACGUUUAGAAUUAAGUAUACGUGUAUCUUAACGCAGACUUGAAUUCUCCGGCGACUCUCUACGUCUUUUUUUUUAAGCAUGUACUAUUUUUCAACAUUUACACGGCGGUGUUACAAGCCACGAGCCACCACGUGAUUGAGCCUUAAUUACGUAGCCGAUAAACGAUCGCCCCGAAUCGAAUCGGGAGAAAUUGUGUGCGAGAGAGAAAGAGAGUGCGUGUGUAUGUAGCUCGCAGCUUCUCUAUUAGAUCAUUGCAUAUGAGAUGUCAUUUUUUUUGAAAAAAGUAAAACUUAAUAAUCAGGUAUAUUAUACUACACGUAUACUAGUAUACUAGGUACACGAGUAUACUACACGUGCAUGAUUUGACUUUUUUUCUUCCUUUUUCAAGUUGUAAUAAAUAAUUAUUUAAAAAUAAUUAUUUAAAAAUAAUUAUUUAUAAAUAAUUAAUCGGGAAAAUUGAAAAGUUUAGCAUAUUAUUUUUCUAUUUUAAAGAUAUUUCAAUCGGCCAUUAAUAAUACUAUCAAUAUUGUUAAUGUAUUAAUAUUACCAUUAUUAUUAAUUCUAUUACUAUUUUAUUAUAAUUAUAUGAUUUCCACAUUAGUGGUAUGGAUUCAGAUGUCACUUCUUGCUAAAGUAAGAAUUAAUUGUAAGCAUAAUUUAGAAAUGGUUUAUUGUAUAAAUCACUUAGAACGAAUCAUGUGAGAAAAGUGAAUAAUUGUAUGCAAAAUUUCACGUCCGGAAUAUAUAGCUGGAAAUAUGUAUCUUUUUAUAUCUUUUUAUCUCUUAAGUUUCCUACAUUUUUGAUCAGCAUGAUUUUGUGAACUUUUAUUAUACUUGUGAACUUUAUUCACUUUUUAUGGAUUUUUUUCAAGAUAUAUUGAACGAGUUUUCUGAAUUAUUGUAUAAGUUAUAUGAAUCAUGUAUUUUCCAAGAAAUUAAAAUCAUUGAUGUACAUAUGAAACCGACAUUUCAUGUGCAAGGGCCUAAUAUUAAAUCAAAAUCAGUAGCACGAUAUUUUAGCAUCUCGUCGGAACAGUAACGGUGUUGCUGUGCGCGCGAAUCGCUAAUGCUUGUUUAUCAAAACGACGACUAUUGUACGAAAACGAAAUUCCAUUCUUUUUUUCUUAUUAACAUUCGCGCUGUUUCGAGGCUGCGGGCGGCCUGCAGCCAACGAAAUUUUCUAUCUUGUUGGAAAAAAAUCGAUUCACGUCCGUUCUGACGAAAACGCUUUAUUAACUUCAUUAAUAUUCGAUCUCGACGAUACCAGCAGAAAUCAUUUUUAUUUCGUCGUUUCUAUUCAAGACUUACGGUCGCAGGAGCGUUAUAAUAAAAGCGGAUGGCAUGACGAAUUUUAACACUUUGCCGGCCGUUCGGGUAGACCCGUUUCAUGAUCCAUGAUCCAUUGAACGAUCAAAUGGAUAGACUUAUCUGUUUUGCUGUUCUUCUAUGAUUCUUAAUUGGUUCGCAGAAGUAUUAAGAUAAUUAAAUUGUAAGAGGAAGAAAAGGAGUAUUUUUUCAAAGACCGAUGCAGGUUAUAAAAACUGCACAGCCCGACUUAUUUAGGGCUCCAUAACUUGAUUGGCAAAGGUGUUACACAUUCGUCCUGCCGUAAUAUCGAAAUCAAUGUGCAACUUUUAUGCGAUCGUAGUUUUAACGGCGAAUUUCUUUUCCAUUCUUCUCUCUCUCUCUCUCUCUCUCUUUCUCUCUGUUUUUUCUCUUAGCCCGACACUGAAGUGGUCCCUGCCCCUUGCCAUCGCCAUUCUCCCUCUCACAUUCGUUUUUAACUCACUGGAAGAAAUAAAAAAAAAAAAGUAGUAAAAGGGUAAUACGUUCAAAUCUCUCGUCUUGAGACUCACGUGAAUGAUAUAAUAACCGCCGUUUCCUUCGUUAAAUCAUAUUCCCGGGAGUAAAUCGGAUUAAAUAGGAGAUAAGCUCCCCGCGAAGAAAAGGCGUUUUUUCUGUCUUGUACUGCCUCGAGUCAUCUGGUGUACAGCAGGCUGUAUUAUAAUAAAUUAUUGUGGUUUCUUGUAA